AUUCAAUUUGAAUCGUUUCAUACUUCAAUUUAAAAAUGGAUACAAAUCGUGCAGUUUAAAAAAAUAAAUUCAAUUCUUAGAAACACAUUUAAUUGUUGUACCCCAUUGUCAACAUGGGUCGAGAUCCAAUAUGAAAAUGGGCUGACGCAUUCAUCUCCAACCCAGCAGGAUGCUAGUCAUAAAUUAACUGUCAGGUUUGGGCCUACCAAUAGAAUCCCUUAACUCAGCUACACCCGACCCGGAUAAGACAUUCGGGUCCGGAUCCUGCAGUGUCAGCAGAUUUUGACGAAGAACGAAAGAAGAGUUAGGGAACGUCGUGAGGUUCAGCAAAAUGCGCGCCCUAGCAGCUCAGUUCUCUAAUUAUUUAUGCAGAAGAAAAGUUGGUGCUAAUCUGCGAUCUCGUAAUUUUUCAUCGUACAAUGGCAAAGAUGAACUAUCCAUCGAGGAAGAAGCUGAGAGAAAAGUUGGGUGGCUAUUAAAGACGAUAUUUUUUGUGACUGCAGGGGUCGCAGGAUACCAUUUCUUUCCUUAUAUGGGAGAAAAUUUGAUGCAACAGUCUGUUUCACUUUUGCGAGUCAAGGAUCCCUUGUUUAAAAGGAUGGGAGCUUCUAGAUUAGCUCGAUUUGCAAUAGAUGAUGAAAGAAGGAAGAAGAUAGUUGAGAUGGGUGGAGAUCAAGAACUCUUAAAUAUGCUAAGCACCGCCAAAGAUGACCGGACACGGAAAGCAGCAUUGCAGGCACUUGAUGCACUGUCACAGUCAGAUGAAGCUCUUGCAUCCUUGCAUCUUGCCGGGGCCAUCGCAAUAAUUAGGUCUGCACCAAAUUCACUUGAGGAUGCAGAAGUUGAGGGAUUCAAGUUAGGCUUGAUGAAAAGGUUUCAGGAUCUGCGGUAUGAUGUGCCAUCAUGAGUUGAAGUGUGUGGCUUAUUUUUUUGGUUGGUUGGAGCAUGAAAUAUCAUGAUAAGGAAGAGUAAGCUGGCAACCAAAUCAUUUUUGGGGAAGAGUACUGAAAAUUAUUAUGUAUCCUUAGACGAAAUCUAAUGGAAGAUUAUAGUUAUAUUGUCAUUUUGUUUUGCUCUCUUGUUGCUUAUUGUUAUGUCAAUCUUAAUAAGAUGACAAGAUUUAUGUUCGCAUCAAUUUACUUUUUAAACGUUUGUAUAUUCAGAAGAUAAUAAAAGAUUACAACAAACUAGCAUUGAAGGUGAAGUUAUUGGUAA